UCCCUCUCAACUAUAUUUAUGUAUACGAAAAUAUACAUGUUUGUUCUUCCACCGUAUGUAUAUAUAGGUUGUCGUCCUAAACUAACAAAUUACAGAGAUCGUAUACAACAUAGCUGACCAAAUUUGAGUUUUACUACGCAUCUAUAUAACCAGUUUUUUUUCCUUUUUUUUUCUCUUCCUCUGCCAUUGACCAAAUUCUUUGCACCGAUUCCUUAUAUUUUUCCUUCUAAUCUAAUCUUCUCCAUACUUACACACCAACCAACCAAAACAAGAAAAAAAAAUGCCUACUUUAACUGUUGUAAGUUUCACCCUUUAAUGUGGACAUUAUUGGCAAAAUUAGUUCAGUACCUAACUGUGUGGGAAAAGCAGAAAAAUCACAGAAAACAUCUUUCUGAUAUAUAUUUACCAUUCAUUUAUUUACAUAGGUGUCUUAUCUGGAGACAUCAUCUCACACAGAUAUCUCCAUUUGUUAUUAGUUUACACACAUAGCCACAUACUUAUACACAUAUAUACUAUAUAUACACUAUAUAUAUAUACUAUAUAUAGCUGUAUCUAUCUAUCUCUAUGUGUAUUUUAUGUGUGGAGCAAUAAUAGUAGGACAUUUAAGUUGAUAUUGCUCUCUCUUCUCUCUUCAAAAGCUUUCCUCUCAAGAACAUUCUUACCUUCCAUAAGUAUUAAGAGAACAUUUUUCCAGCAACGUAGUUUAUUAUCCAAACUAAUUCUAAUACAUUUGAUUUAUAUUUAUAUCUUUAACCAUUGAGAUUAUCUCGUCAUAUUCUUUCCUAAUUACCGUUGCAACCUGCAUUUGUCUGUAUUAAUAUUUAGUAUUAUUCUAUUAUAUAAUAAUUAUUGACAGUAUUAAUUAAUUUGAAAGCAAGUCAUUUCUCAUUAAUUUUACUGUUGUUGACUGAAAUUGCAAACAUAAACACACCUACACUUUAUACACAUAUUUGCAUACCUAAAAUAAACACACAUAAAUUCAAAUUUUACACACACACACACACAUAUAUAUAUAUAUCUACAUAUAUAUCCACAUAUCCACACAAGCACUUUAUCUUUUUUCCCCUUUGCUCGGUCGAUCGUUUCCCCCCCUCCCCCUCCACACAGGGGGGAAACCUUUUUCAUUAAUUUGUUCGCCUACUUAAAAAAAAACUUAGCCGGGAGUGCUUUGUCCCUUCCCCCGUGGUGGAAGGGGUCUGAAAUACUGCAGACAUUGGGCGCAUCACCAGUAAACACGUCAAAGUGACUGUGUCGCAGAAAAGUCCUUCGACUCCGAGGCGAGAACAUCGCCAUAAGACGGUCACUGGAGGCGCUGGCGAGGAGGACACGAUGAACCAUGUUAAUGGCAAGACGACAGACACACAGGAGGCUGAGCAGCCACUACUGCACCACCAACAACCACAACAACAACCGCAGGAUGUUGAGAUGGAAUCCAGAGAGGAAGAAACUCAACAUCACGGUGAUACUCCAAUGAAUAUUGUAAAUGGUGAUAUUCAAGAUUCAGGCAAUAGAGAUGAGGAAAUGGAAGAAGAUGAAAGCCGUGCAGAAGCUCAAUUCCAGUUUACUAUUGAGAAUAUUAGUAAGCUAAAAGAAACUGUGCUAAGUCCACCAUGUAUGGUCAGGAAUUUACCAUGGAAAAUCAUGGCAAUGCCUCGCAUAAAUCAGCAAGCAGAUAGAAAUAAUCAAAGAAGUUUGGGCUUUUUCUUGCAGUGUAAUGCAGAUUCAGAUUCUGUAUCUUGGUCUUGUAAUGCUGCUGCCGAACUCCGAAUUUUGAAUUUUUUGCCCGAUGGAGAACCAUUUCAGAGAAAAAUACAGCAUCUCUUCUAUACCAAAGAGAAUGAUUGGGGUUUCAGUCAUUUUAUAUCUUGGAAUGAACUAUUAGCACCAGAAAGCGGGUAUGUCCAAGAUGAUAAAGUUAUUAUUGAAGUCAAAAUGGUUGCAGAUGCCCCUCAUGGUGUCAGUUGGGAUUCCAAGAAACAUACAGGCUAUGUUGGGCUAAAGAACCAAGGUGCAACUUGCUAUAUGAAUUCCUUGCUCCAGACUUUGUUCUUCACUAAUGAACUUAGAAAGGCUGUGUAUUUGAUGCCAACAGAAAGCGAUGACAGCUCUAAAAGCGUUCCUUUGGCACUGCAACGGGUAUUUUAUGAACUCCAGUUUAGUGACAAGCCAGUUGGCACUAAGAAGUUGACAAAAUCUUUUGGGUGGGAAACCUUGGAUUCUUUUAUGCAACACGAUGUACAGGAGUUAUGCAGAGUACUUUUAGAUAAUAUGGAAAGCAAAAUGAAAGGCACAUGUGUUGAAGGUACAAUACCAAAGCUUUUUGAGGGGAAAAUGCUGUCAUACAUCAAAUGUAAACAUGUUGACUAUGGUUCACAGCGGACCGAACCAUUCUACGAUAUUCAGUUGAAUGUGAAGGGCAAGAAAAAUGUAUUGGAAUCCUUUAAAGAUUAUGUGAAAGUUGAAACUUUAGAUGGUGACAAUAAAUAUGAUGCUGGUGAACAUGGCCUACAGGAUGCUGAAAAAGGUGUAAUUUUCUUGAACUUCCCUCCUGUGUUACAUCUGCAGUUGAUGCGAUUUAUGUAUGAUCCAGUUGCUGAUGCUAAUAUAAAGAUUAAUGACAGGUUUGAAUUUCCAGAACGAUUAAACUUAGACACAUUUCUGCAGAAAAAGGAAAAGACCCCAGCCAAUUAUGUUUUACAUGCAGUUCUUGUACAUAGUGGUGACAAUCACGGUGGUCAUUAUGUGGUGUAUGUAAAUCCAAAAGGUGAUGGAAAGUGGUGCAAAUUUGAUGAUGAUGUUGUGUCGAAAUGUACAAAACUUGAAGCUAUUGAUCAUAAUUUUGGUGGUCAAGAUGAUGACAUGACUGUCAGACAUUGUACAAAUGCAUAUAUGUUGGUGUAUAUCAGAGAAAGUUUAAUGGAAGAUGUAUUACAACCAGUGAGUGAGAUAGACAUUCCAGAAGGUUUAAAGAACAGAUUAGCAGAAGAAAGGCGGGUGGAAGCUCAGAAAAGGAAAGAAAGAACUGAAGCUCAUCUUUACAUGAAUGUACAAGUGGUUACUGCUGACCACUUCUGUGGUCAUCAGGGCAAUGAUUUAUUUGAUCCAGAGAAAACCAACUUCAGAGUCUUUAAAGUUAAAAAAACAGCUACACUAAUGGAAUUCAUGGAAAUGUUAUCAGAAAAUUUAAAAUAUCCCAUUGAAAAAAUUCGACCAUGGCCAUUCCAAUGUAGAGAAAAUCAAACAUUCAGACCUACAAUACUAGAUUUGGAAGGAGAUAUCAAUAAAACAGUACAAGAAUUAGCUGAAAGCGAAAAUCCCUGGACAGUAUUUGUUGAGACACUCACUCCAGAAAGCACGAGCUCAAGUUUACCUCCAUUUGAUAAAAAAUCUGAUGUUCUUAUCUUUCUGAAACUUUAUGAUCCUCGAUCCAAAAGCAUAUCUUAUUGUGGACAUUUAUAUGUACCAAUUUCAACUAGAGUCGCUGAAAUCUUGCCUGAACUGUGCAGAAAGGCUGGUUUCCCCCCAAAUACACCAUUGAUUCUUUAUGAGGAAGUGAAACCUAAUCUUCUUGAAAGGAUUGAUGUUGAUCAGUACUUUGAGAAGAUGGAAGAAAUAAUGGAUGGUGAUAUUUUUGUCUUUCAACGGGAUGAACCAGAUCUUGAAAAUUAUGAAUUAGCUACAGCCAAAGACUAUUUCAGGGACCUCUUUUACCGAGUAGAAGUAAACUUCUGUGAUAAAACAAUUCCAAAUGAUCCAGGCUUCACUCUGGAAUUAUCUCUACGUAUGAAUUAUGAUCAGAUGGCAAAUGCUGUAGCCGCUCAUUUAUGUACUGAUCCGUAUUUGCUCCAGUUCUUUAAGACCCAAGGUUACAGAGAUGGACCAGGGAAUCCUAUUCGAUGUACAUUUGAUGGAACUUUAAAAGAGCUAUUGUUCUAUAUUAAACCCAGACAACCCAAAAAAUUAUAUUAUCAACAGCUUAGUAUACGAAUCAAUGAAUUGGAAAAUAAGAGGCAAAUAAAAUGUAUAUGGAUGAAUAAUAAAUUGAAAGAAGAGAAAGAACUUGUACUAUAUCCCAAUAAAAAUGGUAGAGUGUCUGAUUUAUUAGAAGAAGCUAAAAAACAAGUUGAAUACUCAGAAGAUGGAUCAAAACGAUUACGAUUAUUAGAAAUCAUCAGUUACAAAAUCCACUCAAUUCAAAAGGAAGAUACUUUAUUAGAAAAUCUCACGAAUACAUCUGCUACAGCAAAGACUUAUCGUGUAGAAGAGACUCCAAAAGAUGAAGUAACCCUAGCUGAAGAUGAGAUGAUCAUCCCAGUUGCCCAUUUUCACAAGGAUCUCUUCUGUACAUUUGGAACACCAUUUCUUUUGAAAGUAAAACAUAAUGAGCCAUUUUCUACUGUUAAAGAACGAAUACAGAAAAAGUUAGAUGUUGUUGACAAAGAAUUUGAGAAGUAUAAAUUUGCUGUUGUGAUCAUGGGACGCCAGGAUUACAUCACUGAUGAUGGAGAUUCAGACUUUCAGUUAAACUUGAGUAAAUUUUUACCGCAUCAAACAUCAGGAGGAGGAUUACAGACUCGGCCUUGGCUAGGUUUGGAUCAUGUAAACAAAACACCUAAAAGAUCCCGUUACAAUUAUUUGGAGAAGGCAAUUAAAAUUCACAAUUAACUGUCAAUAAUUCCAAGAUAGUGGCUAAUGAGGAAAAAGUAAGAUAUGCCAAAAGCAGCAGCAGCAGCAACAACAAGAGCUGUUCAUAUGCAGUCAUCAUUGCUGUUGGUGGUCAGCUUUAAUAAAGUGCUGGCAACAGCAAAUUGUUGACAUAGAAAUGUUGGCUUGUUCUGCCAGUGGCACUUAGCUGUCUGUCCAUGUGUGUGUUUGCCAGCCCUGCCAACAUCUCCUGCAAUAUUUCUGCUCUCUUCCUACAUCCAAUCUGCCUCUUCAUCUUUUCUUCUUUUACCUUUUGUCUAUACUUUUAUUUUAAAAACUAUUGAUGACAGAGAGCGUGUAGAUGUGAGCUAUUUAUGAAAGGGUGACUUCAUUGUUCUGACAGUGGAAACUGCAGCUGGCAUUAACAUCUUUUAAUCUCUCCCUUCUCUUUUUCUUCCCCAUAUCUGAAGCAUUAUGGCUAUCACAGCUUGCUGCUUGUCCUAAACAUAGUUACCAAGAUUGUAACAACUUUAUUUCUCUGUGGAUAUACCAACAAAGAUAACUGAAAAUAAAUAUCUAAGCCACAGUAAAUACAACUGUUACCACCACUACAUCACAUUGAUUGCUGUUAUUCACUGUCAAAAAAAGGUACACACACACACACACACACACACACAAACAUGCAUACAUGUAAAGGUUUUUAACAUACAUCUAUAUUGAGAACAAAGCACAAAUAUUGUUAUGUACACAAUUUACAUCCACACAUAUGAAACAAGUCUUUUGUUCAUAAAAAUCUGCAAAAAUACACUGAAAUUGUAAUUGCUCUUUGCAUACAGAAAAAGAACACACAUCGUUUUAAAAUAUUUUUUUAAAGAUCUUAAGGCAAUUGAUGUGUUUUACACAUUGUAGUUUGUCUACUUUCUUGCUCUUGUAUAUUGCCUCUUGUCUACUAUUCUCUACCGUCCACCAACACAUUCUAGAUCAAUUUCUCCUUUCAUCUAUUUAGUUGUACUCUUUGGUGGUGAUGGUGAUGAUGGCACAUCUUUUAGCCUUGUCUCACAUUUUUUCAAAUUUACUGAAACACAUUAAUAGCAAUAGGAAAACCGUACACCAAUUUGGUUCUUGAGCAACUUCUGAAGACAGCUAGCUUUGUGUAGGACUAGUGACCAGUCAUUUCAAUUGGCACUGACAAUUUGCUGUACUUUAGUCCCCCCUCUCUUGUAAAACCCUCACUUUCUCUCUUGUAGUCUUUAUAUUCAAUUUGACUAGAAUGUUAAAACUGGAGUGGAAGGUUGAAAUGAUUUCCAGGAAAGAAAAGGAUUUAGAGUUUGCUAGAGUAUCUCUUGCAAGAAUUUUUUUAAAUUUUACAUUUGAAAUGUCAGGUUUUUCUCAGAAGGACAUGUAAGAAACCAAAUGACUUUUCAAUGACUGGAUGUACUUUUCAAUGGUAAAUAAUAAUAAUAAAAGAACUGAUUUUUCUGGAAAUUGAACAUUUCCCUUCUCUAGAACAUUUGAAAUCUGUUGAAAAAGGAAAUAUUAGAAACUGCGAUAUUAAAGGUGUUUAGUAUAAACAACUAAAACUGGAAAGAACUGGAAAAAUAAUAAAACUGAAGGCUUGUUUGUAGAUUUUUGUUAUUUUCUCUCUUUAUCUCUUUAUCUUAGAUUCAACCAAAUGUUAUGCUGCUUCCCUUUUACUUUGACUGUUGCAUAAUUUUCCUGCCUCUUAAUAUGCAUUACUACUGCAUUUCCUUCACAACUAUCUCUCUCUCUGUCCUAACUAAAUGCUUUGCUACUUUAAUUAAGUAUUGACAGACUCAGAUUAUAUCUCAAUGGUACCUGACCAAUUCCAUAGCAGUAUUUCUGUAUAUGUUUCCCUCCAUCUGUCAAAUUAUCAAGUUGGUUGAUAAAACAACCCCCCUUCUUUCUCUUUUUCUCUCUCAACAAACAUAUACAAGAUCUCAGCUUCUAAUACUGCCUUUUUCUUGGACCGGUGAAACUAUUCCACUUUUAUAUGAAAAUAUACACAAGUAUUUGUGUGUGCAUGUAUAUGUGUGUGUACAUAAAUUGAGAAGUCAACUCUUAUUAUAAAAUCUAUGCAUCACUGACGUGUAUAUAAGCUUCAAUCAAUUUUGAAGAAAAUUUAUUAACUUAACAUUCUAUAAAAGAGGGCUUCUUUUCCUCUUUCUAUGUUAGAUCUCAUUCGUUUAGAUCAUCCUACCUUUUAGAAAUGUCCAUGUGACUGGUUACUAUGUAGACCCCUAUCUAUGGUUAGCCAUGCAUAUUAGCCACAGUAAAUCUGUUUACUGUGAUUGAUAUUGCAGAAGACUUGCUUCAAUCUAUUUGUUCUAUCUCUGAUUAGAACUGACUAAAUACUAUUUUUCAUUCCCUACCCUAACUACAGUUCUUCUCUUCUGAAGCUUGUGUGAGGAUUAUUUCAAUAAUCUUUCAAAAUCUUCAAAAAAAAAAAAAAAAUGUAAUGUGGUUUAUGUUUGAAAGUAAAUUCUUCAAACUUUAUAGCUAAUUAAAGAAGGAAGUUUCUUUCUGGUUUUUUUUUUUUUUCUUUGGCCAGAAAAUUCUUAGUUUUCUUCAACAGAAAUGACCAAACUACGAAACUACCAAAUGUUUUCAACAACUUUCUUCUUCCGAAGACGAUGUAGUCUUUAGUUUGUUUAUUUUUCUUACAGGUACUACUGCAUAAAUAAAAUGUCAUUUGCUACCACCA